AUGGAUCAUAACGAGAAAUCUGCUUCUGCAGACGUUGAAAUGGCUAAACCCAACGAUGGCGAUAUCAUCACCCCGCUACUUCUCCUACUUGCUGCCCGCCGUGGUUUCCAGCAUGACAGCGGUGUCGCCCAACUGGCGGUUCCCGAAGACUAUGUCCUUAGUUACCGCGGCCAGUCUGGCGUUAAAGCUAUAAAUCAUACGUCGUGGCUAGUCCGACUAAUCUGCGCUUUAGGAUACAAAUCGGUCGGAUCUUGCCUAGCCAUGGUCUUUUUGAUUUUUUCUCUCAGCCAAUCGACUAUGUCUCUUAUUUCCGAUGACACUUCCCCGUCCUCAAAGCUGCGAGUAGGUGCUCUCGUUGCCACAGCUGCGGUAUUACUUAUCGUCAUUGCAAGAAUCUACGCCAAGCGUCAUACUGCUGCUGCAACACCUCCCUGGUGCGAUCCGGAAUCGUACCAGUGCAGACUCACGGCUGCGAUGGCCAAGGCGAAUAUCCAGUAUAGAGACAUCGUUUCAGCUACAUUGGCCGAGAUGGAGAAGUUGUGGAAGGAGGAGGAGGCACUCUGCGAGAGGCUCACCAUUCAGGGACUCAUAGAUCCGGAGGAUAGACAGCUGGUGUAUGAUGUCGUGCUGAAGUUUUACAACAACGGCGGCGUUGUUAUACAGUUUCCCUUUGUUGAUACAGCCCCCAAAACGAGGCCUGGCAUUUUAAUCUCGAAGGCAGCGGAAAAGCGGUCAAUUGAUCUCGGACUGUGCUGA